CGGAGGAGUCCCCAGACGUGCGCACGAUGUCACACGGAGGCUAUUGUGGGCGCCAACGGUCACUUUUUUUAAUCGCAGGCGGCAUCGUUUGUCGUCUUCGCUGGCGGUCGACGGCAUAUGAAGAACCAACGUCCUUGUCCGCGGGCUUGUGAGGAGAAAGUUCAGCACGACGUCAUGUGCAAGGUCGCCUGUCGACGUCGAAUUCAUGGCAGACAUGCAGAGGAGAUUGCCUCUGCUGCUUCUCGUUGUCGUCGUCUUCCUGUUUGUCGUCUUCCUCCACGUGUGCUUGUCGUGCCAGCCGUGGAAGCAACGUCGCAAGCGCAGGGCGUCAACGAAACGCGGUGUGCAGGUACGCGCUGUUCCGCCCAUGGCGGGCAUGCAGGUACGCGCUGUUCUGCCUGCGGCUGAGGGCGGAAGAAGACCUCCGACGACGGAGCCUUCAAGGCGGUACGACCCCUCCAUGUACAGCCAUCUGCCGUCGUGGGAGACGCCGCUGCCUCCCUCGGAUGAGGAGUCGGAGGGGGAUGAACUUCCAACAUUUCCUCUCGCCAGCGGGUCGACGCAGCUGUUGUCACAGACGGUGCUCGCAGGCGGGUUGGCAAGCAACGGACGCGGCGAGUACACGACACUCCUGCAGCAGGGAUUGGGAGACGACGACGACGGGGGAGUUGAUCUCCCGUUCGGGUUGUCUUCUAGCGGCGGUAGGGAGGCGAGCCGCACGUUCAUCAUUGACAUCGAUCCUUCACCGCGUGGCGUUCAACAAUCUGGAAGUCGGCAUACAGAGCAGUCCACACUUCGUGGCGACGGGCAAUUCGGGGAAGACGUGGAGGCAGGGGACGACGACGACGACAUUCCUAUUCGGUCUUUGGGGAAGACGGGCAGGAGGGGGAGAGGACGCAGCAGGGGUGCUGUUCGUGGUCGAUCCGUUGGCCGUGGGGGCAGAGGUGGCGUCAGCGAUGACGGCAGGAACUCUGCGACGUACUGGUCCCUGGAAGAGCAAAUCCAACUGGUGAGAUGCAAGCGGGAGCAAGAGAUGCACCUCGCCGGUCUCGGUCACAAUUACGGGCGGAUGCGGACCAAGGAGUGGAAGUGGGAAGAUAUUGCCAAGCGCAUGGCGAACGCGGGGAGGCCGAAAGACACGGACGACUGCAUGAAGAAGUGGGACAAUAUCUUCGAAAACUACAAGAAGAUACAGAGGUUUCAGAAUGCGAGUGGCCGACCAAAUUUCUUCCGGCUAUUGAAUGAAGAAAGGAAGGAGCACAACUUCAAGUUCCGGAUGGAGAGGGCGCUAUACAACGAGAUCCACAUACGCAUGGUUGGCAACCACACAAUUUUCCCUCCCAACAUCGGCGACACUGGAAGUCCGGACAGGGUGCAACUGCCCAGGCGAGGAGCGGGUGCUGGGGAGUCUGUUGGUAAUGAGGGCGCUGGUGAAGGCCUCCCUGAAGAACGUUCUACUACGACAGCAAUGCUGGCAGCGGGGCUGGAGGCGCAGGGAAGAGGGCGGCGGCAGGCCCCGAAAGCGAAGAGGGUGCGUACGGAAGAUGCGUUGCCAAGGGUUCGUGGUCGUGGAGCGCAAGGUUGGGCGGGGGAAGUGGAAGGGGACUGUGACGAUGAGUUCACGGCAGAGGAGGAGCAGGCGGAGGCGACAACGUCUGAAGUACGCGAGAGCAAUCGGCAACGCUCUUCUGAUCGCACCGCUUCGAAGAGGAUGCAGACCCCUCCACACGAGGCGCAGCAACUGCAUGGUCGUGAAACGCGGACAGAGAAGGCUCCCGUCGUCGAUCUUGGCGGCGAUGAUGACGAGCCCUUGGAGAGACGCCGCAUUCGCAUUCGUACGACGGCGACCCCACCGCCGGAGGUGGUCGUGCGGGUUGCUACAAACGAUAGGCCAGUCUCGGGCAGGCUGCCCGCCACGCCGUCUCAGCCACGUCAUCGCAACGACGCUGGUGACGGAGGGUCCGUCCAACGUGUUGGCGGGGGGGAAGUCGUGGCAGACGCUCGCGCAGUUGGUGCCCAGGUGGCAGGUGCCGUGGGGGCGGUUGGUUCAGGCAAUGUGGGCGCCGUAGCGACUGGGAGGGAGGACGCAGCAGUUGUGGCGACGACGAGAGAGGAGGCGCGUGGCGAGAGGAAAGUCGAGCGGGAGGCAGGCGAGGCCGGUUCAAGUCGGCCACGAAGGAGUGUAAUGACGAAAGACCUCAUUGAUCGUGCCGUCCUUUGGGUCGAUGACAAAGCUUUCUGGACGAYGGGGGAGGGGCGAAGACUAUACAACAUCGUACACGAAACGAAAGACUACUUCGUCGCCAUCGCCAGUGGACUUCCAGCGCCUGACGUCCCUCGGAGCGUCGUUCUGCCCAAAGCCAGCACGCGCGUGGCCAGGAUCGUCGACCAAUCGCAGCUGCAGCAAGCGAUCUCCCGUGCGGCGACAGUGGAGAACGUUGCUCUGCGCAUCUUGCACGGAUGGGUAUUCAAGUCCGGAAAUCGGCCAAGGGGAUACCAUGUGGCUUUCCAGUACUCGCUGGAAUCCUUUGCGACGGACAUUGCGCGUGCCAUGUGGUACGGCGAGGAGUGGUGCGAGCUUGUCAGUCCGGCGAUUUGCGUGCACACGAGAGAUCUGUUCAUGGACCUACCGCUUUGGUUCGCCGGCGCCAACAUCGAGGACAGACCAGAGGACAACGACAUGGCGGCGCACCAGGAGUCCACUGUCAUCCGCGUCGCGUAUGCAUUCCACACGGCCGUGCAAAUGGAGGCGCUCAUCGACAGCGAGUUCAUAUCGCACGAUCGUCUUUCUCGGGUGGCUGAUUGCUUCAGGCUGUUGUUGGCGGCGUGCAUGUGGAUAAUGCGCAUGGCGGAAGAUGAUCCGCACAGCCACUACGAGGCUUUCUACUUCGUGGACCUCGUGGCGAAGCCCACACUCGUCGCGGCCAUGCAUCGCUCCUUCAAUCAUCGACGAUCCGUCGUCCGCGCCGCGAAAGUCGUCACAGACAGGCUAGGGAAGGCGACCGCUACGUUCGGACAGUACCCCAACUACAUACCUCAAUGGGCGCCCUGCUGCAUUGCUUUCAGGCACGACGCGAGCAUAACGGGGCCGGAGGAUGCAAAGAGCCAGAUUGGUUGGGUUCCGGCCCCCCUGAUGAUGACAACAACGACGAUGGGAAAGAUGACGCGUAGGGGGGGGGGGGGGGGGAGGUUGGGGCUGAUGGUUGGCUGGGGAGGAAGACGGAUGGGAUGGGAGCGGAGGUUUGGCUGCUUCUAUGGACUCGCGCGCAUGUAGUAGUGGAUGGUCGUCAUGCGGAAGGAUGGGGUUGCACCGACGCAAAGUGCGCACCUGUUUAGUGUGUCGGAGCGAG